GAAAUAAUGUUCAAAGUAUGUUGCGACGCGUGGCAUUGCUGAUGCAAGAAUAUGGCAACAGCUAUAAAAGAUUGACUCAUCAGAAUUCAAACGCCUAUGAAAUUUUGCGACAUGUUAUUAUACCUCAAGAUCAGGACUCUAUAAACCUUGAUGAAAAUGAUUUUGCAUUGUCUUGGGUGAUCUCUAAUCUCGAAUUUGCAAUGGAAAUGAAGAGAUUAAUUUCAAAAAAUGAGUUGUCUCUUGAAUAUACCAAGUCGAUUUUAUUGUGGUUGAUCAAAUUGUUUGAUUUAAAAUGGCAGCAAUUUUACGAUGAUCUUGAUUAUAUCUCAAAAUGGCAACUUUUGAAUUUAAAAAGACAAGCAGAAUUUUUUUUAGAAAAUUUAGCUACAAAUAAUCAACAUGAGAAAUUGAAGGAUGAUAAAUAUAUUUCAGAAGAUGGAAAUAACAGUGAAAACACUGAAAACGUUGAAGAAAUAAUCUUAACUAAACAGAAUAAAGACAAUCUUAUUGAAACUAAGACUAAAAUAAAUAUAAAUAAAUUUCCAAUGAAUACAUCGAGUGACACAUCUAAAAUAGAAACACAAAUUAUGAAUCAUCAGGAAUUAAUAAAACGUACCGAAGAUGAUACUAAGAAUCUCACUAUUAUACCAAUCAAUCAGGAAUUUACAUUAAAUACUCCUACCGAUAUUAAGGACACUUCUGUCAUUAAUGACACAUUUUUUUCUGAGAUAAAAACAUUUCGAGAUGAAGAUCUCAUCAAAAACAAAACUGUCUCAAAAUUAAAAGAAUUCAUAGAUAUUCGUCAUGACGAGCAUAUGAAAGAUCAUGGAAAACAGUUUAAUCAACUAAACAAUAUUUCUUCAAUUUUGCCAAACGAGAACAUUACAAGCACUUUGCAAGAGAUUGAUCAACGAAAUUUUGGAACAGAUGUUACAUUGCAGGGAUCUUUGAAAAAUAUAACAGACAUCCGAAAAAUUCCUUUCCGAAGAACACUUCAAGUUCUUACUCCUUCGAAUAAAAACGAAAAACAGAAAAAUAAACACGUGUCAACAAAAAAUAUCUCUGACAAGCAUCAUUAUUUUAAUAAAAGGAAGGAGAUAAAAUCAGACAAUGGCUCGGCGAUGGACGAGAUUCUAGAGGCAGUGGAUGAAGUCUUGCCAACGGAUAAGUCUAUAGAAAUGUCACCAAAAGGAUCAAACACGUUUUCUCGGAUAUUCUAAUUUCAGUCAAGCAUUAUAAUUGAAAGAGAAUUUCACAUAUAUUUUUUAGGUAAUAUGUUGAUAACAUG